UGCCCCAGGCCCCGCCUCCGCAGGUUGAUGGCAGCGGCAGCUGGGACUGCAGCGGCGCUGGGCCCCGAGAGUCGCAGGCAGCGGCCGGAGCGCGCAGCCGAACACCCGGGCCCCCAGACGCCGCGGACACCCGGAGAGGCAGUUCCGGUGCCCUGACGCCUCCCUCGGCCCCCAGCGCACCCCCAACCCCCUCCGCAGAGAAGUCGCAGCGUGAGCUCCCCUCGGCCCGCUCAGGACCAGCUCACAGGAGUAAGGACCAAAGGCAUUUCUGGGCACUGAGAUCCUCCACCUCUGCCCCCAGCUAUGAGUCGGCGUGUGGUUCGGCAGAGCAAAUUUCGCCAUGUGUUUGGACAGGCAGCAAAGGCUGACCAGGCCUACGAGGACAUCCGAGUGUCCAAGGUCACAUGGGACAGCUCCUUCUGUGCCGUCAACCCCAAAUUCCUGGCCAUUAUUGUGGAGGCUGGGGGUGGAGGUGCCUUCAUCGUCCUGCCUCUGGCCAAGACAGGGCGAGUGGAUAAGAACUACCCACUGGUCACUGGGCACACUGCCCCUGUACUGGACAUCGACUGGUGCCCACACAAUGACAACGUCAUUGCCAGUGCCUCAGAUGACACCACUAUCAUGGUGUGGCAGAUUCCAGACUAUACCCCUAUGCGCAACAUUACGGAACCCAUCAUCACACUCGAGGGCCACUCCAAACGUGUGGGCAUCCUCUCCUGGCACCCCACUGCCCGGAAUGUCCUGCUCAGUGCAGGUGGUGACAAUGUGAUCAUCAUCUGGAACGUGGGCACUGGGGAGGUGCUCCUGAGUCUAGACGACAUGCACCCGGACGUCAUCCACAGCGUGUGCUGGAACAGCAACGGUAGCCUGCUAGCCACCACCUGCAAGGACAAGACCCUGCGCAUCAUCGACCCCCGCAAGGGCCAGGUGGUGGCGGAGCGAGCCCGGCCUCACGAGGGCACCCGCCCGCUGCGGGCGGUCUUCACCGCAGACGGGAAGCUACUCAGCACCGGCUUCAGCAGGAUGAGUGAGCGACAACUCGCGCUCUGGGACCCGAACAACUUCGAGGAGCCAGUGGCACUGCAGGAGAUGGACACUAGCAACGGCGUCCUAUUGCCCUUCUACGAUCCCGACUCCAGCAUCAUCUACCUGUGUGGCAAGGGCGACAGCAGCAUUCGGUACUUUGAGAUUACCGAGGAACCACCUUUUGUGCACUACCUGAACACGUUCAGCAGCAAGGAGCCGCAGAGGGGUAUGGGCUUCAUGCCCAAACGGGGACUGGAUGUCAGCAAGUGCGAGAUCGCGAGGUUCUACAAGUUGCACGAAAGAAAGUGUGAACCCAUCAUCAUGACUGUGCCCCGCAAGUCAGACCUGUUCCAGGAUGACCUCUACCCAGACACGCCGGGACCCGAGCCGGCCCUGGAAGCGGACGAAUGGCUAUCGGGCCAGGACGCCGAACCCGUGCUCAUCUCGUUGAGAGAUGGUUACGUGCCCCCCAAGCACCGCGAGCUCCGGGUCACCAAGCGCAACAUCCUGGACGUGCGCCCACCCUCUGGCCCUCGCCGCAGCCAGUCGGCCAGCGACGCCCCCUUGUCGCAGCAGCACACCCUAGAGACGCUGCUGGAGGAGAUCAAGGCCCUGCGGGAGCAGGUGCAAGCCCAGGAGCAGCGCAUCACAGCUUUGGAGAACAUGCUCUGUGAGCUGGUGGACGACACAGACUAGCGCAGCGCGCCCGGAAAGCUCCAAGCCGGGAGGGCAAAGCCGGGCCAAGCGCAUUCACUCGGCCCCGCCCCGGCUUUGGGUCCGGAACUCUGCCCCCCCAGGGCCGGGGCCGGGAACUGGGAAGGGAACUCCGACCCUCGCGGGAGCCCAGGGCAGAGGAAGCGUUGCGGAGACUCGCGUCCAUCAGGCUCCCACCAGGCUGCUUGCCUUGUCCGGGACUCAACAGGAGCUGGUCUUGGGAGGCCCGGAGUGACAGGGCCCUCAGCAAUGGUGCUGCUGUUCCCCGCCCGGGGCAAGGGAAGUGCUUAGUAUUAGCGCGAUGCUUGGGGAUGUUGGGGAGCUUGGGCUUGAUCUCAAAGGGGUAGCGAUUCGACGGGUCUCCCCAGACUGGUUGGGGAAAAUUACAACGCUUCUCCCUCUAAUCAGCUCACUUGACUCCACCACCCUGAGUGGUAAACCGAAUGGGCGUCACCCCAGUUCUACAGACAUACACAAACGUUGGCUGUAGAGCCGGACCCACGGGCUACACCCAGCAGUCUAUGGCAGAGGGCUCUCUUCCUUCUUCCCACUCGCAGGGGAGAGGGCAGCUUCCUCCAGGCACUCCGGCAGGAGAACCAACCAGAAAACUGGCAUGAGGAAGCAGGUUCACCUCUUCCAGACACACAUGCACGCACCCACGCAUGCGCAUUGUCCCCAACCCUCUGCUGUGGCCUUGAAUCUAGGAGGAAAACAAGAUGGACUGAAAGAAACAUUUAAUCAAGUGCUCAGUCUGUGCCUCCUGCAUGGGUGGGGGUGGGGGUGUGAGACCCCUCCAGCCACUGCAAGUGCCACCCUCAAACUCCUGGGGGACCUGACAAAUGCAGCCCUGGGCUCAGGACCCACCAGAUAUCCUAUUACCUUAGGGCCCUCCCCACACUGACGUUCAGAAGGAACCCCCAACCCACAGGUGGGGGAUCUUCCCUAGUAAAGGCAGGUAGGAAAAGC